AUGAAGUUAUUAUCAUUAUGUUCCUAUGAGUACGUGAUUGGGUACAGGUAUAGAUUGGGUAGGAAAAACUUUCCAAAUCUGACUAAAAAAGUAGUAGCAGAGCCUAUAAAAUAUGUUUCUAGUUGGCAGUGGUUAAAAUUGACAUGUAAUGGCAAAUUUAUUAGGAGGCAAAAAGAUCUCAGUAAGUUUUUCAAGCGCAUCAUGAGGGCAUACAGUAAUCGCGUGAAUCCAAUAAGGGUACGCAACAAAACUAAGUAUUUGGUUGUAAAUUGUCGUGAUGUACCUCAAAUUCUCCGUUGGGGUGUGAGAUUUUUAAGUAAUUUGGACGAGGUAAACAUACAAUCUUUGUCCAAUUGCCUACUGCGACUAAAGUUAUUUGACAAUCCCCUCUAUAAAUUCACAUGUAAAACAGCCCUAUCAGUCGCUUACAACAUGGAAUACAGUCGCUUGUUAUCCAUCAUUCUAUCACUAUCUAAGUUACGAUCCAUAUACCAGGGCUAUGAUAAUGAGUACCUACAUCCCUUGGUUAUUUGUGCCUCUGAAAGGUUAAUAAAGGAAGAAGUGACUGGAAACCACUUGGGCCUACUUUGCCAAGCGCUUUAUUAUUGUAAAUUAUUUUCCCAAGAUUUUAUGAAAUUAAUUUUGCCAAUCAGUGACCAAUUUUUAAGUAACGAUGGGUUAACACCGGAAAAUAUUAAUUCUAUUUAUGGAUAUAUAUCACUUUACCCCCAAAGCCAUAAUUAUAUAUGUAAGCCUAGGGUUAUAUUCAUGAGUUAUAUUUCAAAAUCUAUGGUGGAUGCUAAAAACAUUUUGAAAUUUUUAAAGAUUAACCAUAACAGAAAUAUUCAACUACUAAAAAGGAUUUCAAUUACUGUACUUUCAGCUAGUAUUGAUGAGUUAUCAACUAGUGAGCUUUUGGAUCUGAUGGUACUAUACACAAACUGUGAUAAUUCAUCGAUUGGGGUGUUAAUUGCGGUGACCAAUAGAUUGGAUUGGCUGAUUGACAACAUAAAACCUGAACAAUUGACCAAUUUGCUUUACUAUAUAUGCAAAUUGUACGUUAUAGAUACUGAAUAUCUGAUGUUCAAACGGCAUUUGCAAUUGGCACUAUCAAGAGCCAUAUCUAAUAUUUACAAUGGGAGAUUAGAUAUUACCGUCAUUGUUAGGUACAUUGACGUGUUUAAUCGAGUAGGAGGGGAUAGUAAAUUUAUUUGCAACACUAGAAAAACAAUAGGUAAUCUGAUGAAACAUAUGCAUUGA